CGGGACCAGCGGCGGCGGUAGCAGCAGCAUGGCCGCUCUCUAUGGGGGUGUAGAGGGUUUGUCAAGAGAUUGUUUUGGAUGUUGAAUCUACCACUUCACAUGCAUUGACUACUGUUUGAAACCUCGUGUCUUCUUUGAAUCCGAUGAGAAGGUCUUCAGUGUCCUCUCCUAAGACAUUCCUAAAAGUACUGAUCCAUAAGGAAACACACAUCCCAUCACCACAGAUCUGCCUCUAAACUACCAUUUUCCCCAGUAAUCAGCAUUGGAGGGUUUAAUUGAUUGUGUGUAAAUUCUCCCUGCCAUCUGGGGAGGCACACGGUCCAAGGUCCUUUUACUUUCCGAGGAUGGGCAGAUCCUGGCAGAAGCAGAUGGACUGAGCACAAACCACUGGCUAAUCGGGACAGAAAAAUGUGUGGAGAGGAUCAACGAGAUGGUGAACAGGGCCAAACAGAAAGCAGGGGUGGAUCCUCUGGUACCUCUUCGAAGCUUGGGCCUAUCCUUGAGUGGUGGGGAGCAGGAGGAUGCACUGAGGAUGCUGACGGAGGAGCUGAGGGACCGAUUUCCCUACCUGAGUGAGAACUACUUUAUCACCACGGAUGCUGCAGGCUCCAUCGCUACAGCUACGCCAGAUGGUGGGAUCGUGCUCAUCUCUGGGACAGGCUCCAACUGCAGGCUCAUCAACCCUGAUGGCUCCGAGAGUGGCUGCGGCGGCUGGGGCCACAUGAUAGGAGACGAGGGCUCAGCCUACUGGAUUGCACACCAAGCAGUGAAAAUAGUGUUUGACUCCAUCGACAACCUAGAGGCGGCUCCUCAUGAUAUUGGUUAUGUCAAGCAGGCCAUGUUCAACUAUUUCCAGGUGCCAGAUCGGCUAGGAAUCCUUACCCACCUGUACAGGGAGUUUGACAAAAGCAGGUUUGCUGGGUUUUGCCGGAAAAUUGCCGAAGGUGCCGAGCAGGGAGACCCCCUUUCUCGCUACAUCUUCAGGAAGGCUGGGGAAAUGCUGGGCAGACACAUCGUAGCAGUGCUGCCCGAGAUUGACCCGGUCUUGUUCCAAGGGAAGAUUGGCCUCCCCAUCCUGUGUGUGGGCUCUGUGUGGAAGAGCUGGGAGCUACUGAAGGAAGGUUUCCUUUUGGCGCUGACCCAGGGUAGAGAGAUCCAGGCUCAGAACUCCUUCUCCAGCUUCACCUUGAUGAAGCUGAGGCACUCCUCCGCCCUGGGUGGGGCCAGCCUAGGGGCCAGGCACAUUGGGCAUCUCCUCCCCAUGGACUACAACGUCAAUGCCAUUGCCUUCUACUCCUACACCUUCUCCUAGGGGACUGGUCCUAGCUCCUCCCAUUCUAAGCCUAGUGGACAUUGGGUGCUAGAAAGGAGGUCUUUUCUUUUUUAAAAACACAUAUAGAAGAAAAUAAAUGCACUCUGCCCAUUCCCCAAUUGGAUUGUGUGUUCAAGCACCCUUGCUGUUAUAUCCUCAGUGCACCACUAGCAGGUGUCCCAGAGGGCUUAGGAAUGGUUUUGUCCAUAGUUGAAAGCCCCACCUCCAGGGACUUGGUCUGUGAUCUGCAUCCGUUCACCAUGUUCUUGGACAGAUAAUUUAUCUGUGCCACCUCAAACACAUCCCCCUUGCCUUACCAUACACAUUAACCUGUGACUUAAGUUUUCUCCUGUCAAAAGUAGGUAAUGAUUCCUGCCUAACCCCUAUUGGAACUAAGUAAUCUUCCCCUGAAGUAACCACAGGCAUAUUACACCCUCUCCUGAGAUUCUCAGUAGGAUUUAGGGACAAUACAAUUCUAGUUCAAAAAAUUUUUUACCUCACUGGAUUUGGUAGUUGUAAGUAAGCAGUGCAUUUUUCAGUUUCUUGUGUGAAUGAAUUCUUGAGUUUAUGAAGAUUGCUGAGGUCCAA